AACAGCAGCAACCUUAACAACAACAACAACAACAACAACAACAACAACAAUAACAACAACAACAACAACAACAACAACAACAACAACUACAACAACAACAGCAGCAACCUUAACAACAACAACAACAACAACAACAACAACAACAACAACAACAACAACAACAACAUCAACGACAUCAACAACAACAACAACAGCAGCAACAACAUCAACAACAACAACAACAACAACAACAACAACAACAACAACCACAACAACAGCAACAAAAAGAACAACAACAACAGCGACAACAACAACAACAACAACAACAACAACAACAACAACAACAACAACAAUAACAACAACAACAACAACAACAACAACAACAACAACAACAACAACAACAACUACAACAACAACAACAGCAGCAACCUUAACAACAACAACAACAACAACAACAACAACAACAACAACAACAACAAUAACAACGACAACAACAACAACAACUACAACAACAACAGCAGCAACCUUAACAACAACAACAACAACAACAACAACAACAACAACAACAACAACAACAACAACAACAACAACAACAACAACAACAACAACAACAACUACAACUACAAC